AUGAACAUUUGUGUUACUCCUGGCGCAGCACAUAUAAAAGAAUUAUCUUACUGUAUUUAUAUCGAAUACAACACUGUAGGAGAUUUAACCAGAAAAAGAAAUUUUGUUGGAACACAAGAAAUUGGGGCUUUAAAUGAUUGCAAAAUACAAAAAUUUAAAACUGAGGGGUAUAUAGAAAAUAUUCAAUUUAUUGUUGUUUGGAGUGAAAAUAUAUUUUUUGGAAAAGACGAUGUUUUGUACGCGAGUCAUUUCAACGUCAAAAACGAAGAUUUUGUUCCUCAUGGUACAAUUACAUUGGAUAUAAACACCGUCGGAAAAACUAAACUUGAGUAUCAUAGAAAUACUGACUAUUGA